AUGAUAAUUCGUGGUGGCAAUUUAAACCGGAAUCGUGUUCGUACUCCUGGUGAAAACUUAAUAGCAUUGGGCGUACGAACCAACAGCCGUGAAACAUCAAAUAUUGUCGUAACAUCGACAGCAAAUAAUAACAUAGGUCAAAACUCAUCUUUGCUAAAUACUUCUACUACCUCCGUCACGACAAAUAAUAUUCUAACAACAUCUGUGCUCACAACGCCAUCAACAAUCAACGUUCGAUUACCAUCUCGUUCAGUCAUACCACCAGUAACAAAUCGCCACAGUCCAAUCGACAAUACAUUUGAUCAAGAUCAAGUUGGUUUAUUACCAUCAAAUGUCAAUAUGAAUAAUAAUAAUAAUAAUAGUAACAACAACGAUUAUUGUUCGUUUAAUACUGAACAGUUUCGCAUUGAUUUAAAAACAUCACUGAGUAAUAAUAAUGCUAAGUGUAUAGAACAACAAAUAUUGAAUGCAAUCACUUACCUAAUGUCAACAUCAAAACGCCAAUUACAAGAUUUAAAUAUAUUAAUUAUUUUAAGUUGGUUGUCCACAAGACAAUCAACUGUAUUUGUUGUGCCGUCCAUCACAAAAGCUUUAUGUAAUUUAUUGAAAUCACAAGCAUUUAAUAAAAUAAUGAAAUCAAUUACAACGCAAACUGCAUUAACACUGUCCAAUCAAAUAGUAAAUCCAUAUGUGUUUAUUUCACAAAUACUUUGGCUUACCCAUCAGAAACAGUCAAUAUGGCCUGAUGAAUUUAUUGAAGCUUAUAUUGACGACGCUUUAAAUGAACAUAAUUGGAUCGAUGAUGUUAAUUGUAGUCCAUUUGUUACAAACAUAUUAACUGCGUUUGAUACUCGUCCACGUACAUGGAAAAUUGAUUCGUGUAAUCAAUCAAAAUUGAUACCUUCGACAGUUAAUAAUAGUGUAGCAAUGGAUGAAACAAGUAAUGAUAGUGCUGGUGGAGAAACAAUAUCUGAAUCUGAUAUGCCAGUUGAUGAUACAACAUCUACAUCACCAGAAAAUUUAGUUUCGCCCCGUUAUCUCGGUCGACUAGAUUCUAUUCAAUUGUUAUUAAUAUCGAUGAUAUCUAAAUCAAAAAGUAGCAGUACAACAACAAUGACAAGCGGAAGUCAACCACAUGAAACAGAUAAACUUUUAAAAUUACUUGAAUUAUCAUGUGGUCUACCUGAAAUUCGAACAUUAGUUCUUCAACGUCUUGAUGUAUGGUUACAAAAUCCAAAAUUAUUUCGAUCAGCUGAACGUUUAUUGGUAGCUUUGUGUGAAAAUAUAACCGGUCGAAAUGUAUCGUCAUCAUUAAAUGAUGUGAUAAAUGUCCAUGAUAAGAACAACAACAGUGAGCAACAAGAUGAAAUUAUGCGAAAGACCAUGGAACAACUACUCAAUUUAAGAUUUAAAAUACGUGCAACAACGACAACAAAACCCUUUUUUUCCUGUAUUAGAGAAAUGUUACGAAUAGAAACAAAAUUAAUUGAUAUUUUUAUACGUUUGAUUGUACAAAAUGAAUUGCAAUUACAAGGACAACAAACAACAACGACUAAAAAUCCGUCUAAUAUGUCAUUAUUACAAUGUGCAUUUCAAGCUAAUCAAGAAUAUUCAAUGAAAUUAUUGGCAUACACGGUGCAGACAAUCAUAUUGACUCAACCAAUCUCGAAACAACCAAAUGAAUAUGAAUUAUUGAAACAGUUACGCACGUUUCUAAGAGAACUAUUUCGAUUUGUUAAGAGUGAUUUUGAUUAUUCUCUAUUUUGUAUGAAUUUAAUUGACAUGAAUUAUUCAUUAGAUCAACAAUCUCUAUUUUGGAAACAACAACAAACGUGUAAUGAACAGCAGGAUACUUUUCCGUCAUCAUCUCAACGUCUUUUAAAACAUUUACUUGAUUAUGAUGUCAAUAUUCGUGAACGCUUUUUCUUCUACAUAUGUGAUUUGAUAUCAAUGAUUAUUUUGGCCGCUGCCAUUUUACCAUCGUCAUUUCAUUCUUCGUCUACGUCAUUACCCAUAUCAUCACGUCUAAUUUCAAAUCCGUCAACGUACGAUCAAUGGAUUUCGUAUAUUCAACGAGUAUCGUGCAUUCAAUUUUGCUGUUGUAAAUUUUUUCUCUAUACUGUACCAAAAUUAUUUGAUUAUACUAAUGUAUUAACUCCUCAACGUUAUACAACUGAUUAUAUUAGUUGUUUAUAUAAAAUUCUGUUUAAGGAUAAUAUUGACGCUUAUUUACGUUUUGAUAAUUGGCCAUCGGUCGAACAACGGGGCGAUUUAUUUCGUUUAUCUUCUGAAAUUCCACAACUUGGUGAAACAUUAAGUUUACUAGUUGAUAUUGGUCUUUCACAGCAAACUCCGAUGAAUUCUAAUUCUACAACUGAAUUAAUUGAAUUAAUAUUACGUCGAACUUUAAGUAGUGAACAAAAAAUCAUUGAUCAACAUCAUCAACAAUAUUUAUGUUUACCACAAGAAAUAAUACCAAAUUUUAUUUUAAAACUAUUUGAAUUGAGUCGUUACACUUAUCUACAACAAAUAAUCUUACCAUCAACUUAUCAUCCACCAAAUUUAGCUGUUACAGCCAUAUAUUGGAAAUGUUGUCUAAUAUGUUUACUAUUAGCAUCACAGAAUACACAAAUUUUUGGAAAAUAUAUUUGGGAAAAUAUAGUACAAGUGAGAAUAUUUAUGGAAAUGUUAUUGACGGGCGAUUACAAUUAUCCACCUCAAUCAUGGUUAUUAUCGUUACAGAAUCAAAGUCAAGAUAAAUUUCAUAUGAAUGAAUUAAUCAUGUUACAAAAUGAAGAAGAUUUAAUAUUAGAAUUAGAACAAUUUCUUGCCUCACCACAAACAAUAACACGAUUAAAUUCUGAAUUAUUAGGUAAAGUUUGUCUACUCGAUCAACAAACACAACCAAAACGUCCAUUUCAUCAUCAUACCAUCGAUAAAUCACAACAAUCAAGUCAAAGUGAAAAACAAUUUUAUGAAAAAAUACAAGCAUUAAAUAAUCAAUUUAAAUUAUCAUCAAUGUUAUGCCGUUGUCGUUCACCCGAUUAUAUAUUAGAUAUAUUAAAUAGAGAAAAACAACAAGAAAAAACAACAACGUCGGUAACAUCGUGGUUAGCUAGAUUAAUUGAUUCAAAUAUUGAUUGUUUAAAUAUAUUUCCCAUUAUAUGUCUGUGUGAAUAUUUUCAAUAUAUUAUUAUGAUUUACAAGACAGCAAAAACAAAUGGAGAAUUAUUUCAACGAAAAACGGUGAAUGAUCUUGAUACAAUAAUUCAACGAUUUAAAACAAUAAUUAAUAAUGUUAAACAAUAUCAUGAAUCAACAAUAAAUUUAUCAGAUGUAAGUAUCAAUUGUUCUAUUAGACGGCUUGUUCAAACGUAA